GCGACGGCGCGGGGCAACCUGAUGUUCGCAUCGGCAGCGUUCGACGACAGCAGCUAAACGGUAGACGGUCAGUCGCAGUCAGUCUGCGGUCGGUUGGGUUAGGUCGUAGGCAAUAGCUAGUCCCAGUUAACCGGUUGACAUUCAGGUAAACGCCGUGGAUAUGUGAUUGUCACGAUUGUCAAAUAAAUUACAUUCAUUAAAAAUUAGCAGUAGUGUGUUGAAUUGUUAAAUUUUUGACGGUCGUCACUGAUCGGAACGACAUUAAUUUUUUUCCUGCGUAUAAUGAUUGAAUUUGCCGUAUCUUCUAAGUUGUCGGAGAUCUAAAUAAUAAUAGAUCUUAAUUAUAUUGUUUUUCGAAAACCGUACACAUGGCCUCAACUAUUUGUGGUCGGUUGAAUUUGGCGCGACAUUUGCCGUCGUUCAUGUACUUGGUCGCCGUUUUUAUUGUUGUCGAUUCGGCCAAACUGCAACUACAGCAAAAGCACUUAGGCUAUGGUAGUAACGAAGACUUAUCUCUAUUCAUUGACGAGCAACAAGUGAAAAUGUACAGCGGUAUCUCGAUGCCAAUAGACGCCAUUAGAGAUGGUAAAGUUCGUUACAUAUUAGAUAAAAAAUUUGAACAAUAUUUUCCAGUAAUUCCGUCUGAGAUGGGGUAUGUAAAUUUCACUUGGAUGUCCGGAAAAAAGAAAUAUUUUUACAAAUUUGAUACAUUACAGUCUGAUGACGAAAAUAUUUUAAAACCACCUACAGUUACCAUUAAGCUUAAAGGGAGAGUACCGAGAAAACCUAAAGUAUUUAGUAUUCUUUUACCCUGUACUGGUAAGGUUGAUGGUAAUGCUAGUUUCAGCAUAAGACUUUUAAUAUAUAGCAUAAUAAAUAAAAAACGACGUGCUUUACCCAACACUCCUUUGAAAGUAAAGUUAAAAAAAAAGUGUACAAUCAAAGAGGCAAGCAAAAGUACAAUUCCUGAUUUAGAAUGUGAUAAAAAAUGUGAAAAUAAUGGAAGAUGCAAUGCAGAAAAAAUAUGUCAGUGUCAAGAUGGAUACAUGGGACAAUAUUGUACAACAGCUUUGUGUUACCCACAAUGUAUGAACAAUGGAACUUGUAUUGCACCUGGAGUUUGUAACUGUCUUCCAGGUUUUCAAGGACCUAACUGUGAAGGAGGUAUUUGUGCAGAAAAAUGUUUAAAUGGUGGGAAAUGUAUACAAAAAGAUACUUGUCAGUGUAGAAAAGGUUUCUAUGGUCCAAGAUGUGAAAGAACUAAAUGUAUAAUUCCAUGUUUGAAUGGAGGUAAAUGUAAAGGUAUAAAUAGGUGUAGCUGUCCAUAUGGAUUCCAAGGAGAUCAUUGUGAAAUAGGACAACCUCAACAACAAUUUUUUCAUUGUAAACACCCGUGUCGUCAUGGAUAUUGUACAGCUAAUAAAACUUGUAGUUGUCAACAAGGAUGGACAGGAAAAUUCUGCCAGCGAAAAAUACCAAAACUACAACAUGCUAAACACAAAUCAGUGUAUUCACAUACAAAUGUAGAUGAUUAUGUUUCAGAAGACUAUGACUACGAUGAUGCACCGAAAAAAUCUCAAAAGAAAUUUAAAUGCUAAGAAGUUAACAUCAAACCAAACUGUCUGUGAUUUAUGUGUAUAAGAAAUAAAAUAAUAUAGCUGAUUAAUUAGUUAUAUAGAAUAACUAGACAAUAUUUACUUAUAAUUGUACAAGGUGAUUGAUUAACUAUGCCUCACUAUAUAUUCACUAUGCCAUAAUUUGUCAGGCAUAGUUAAUCAAUCACCCUAUAUACUAGUCGUUAACUAUGUAUUUAAUUUUUCAUUAAUAUAAAUUAUAAAUAAAAACAAUUUAUGAUACUUUUUUAAUAUAACAGUCAACAUUA